GAAACGUCACUUCGGUUCUCCUACUCCGGUGAGUGGUGACGACCCAAGAUGUUGUGGACGUCCAAGCUGCGAAUAACUCGUUGAUAAACUCGCCACGCAUGGAGUUGAGCUCAGAGCGUGUGCUGGCACCGCUAGAGAUGUCGCAGACGGUGAGCCAAGGCGGCCAGCCCAGUGACGGCGACUACGAGAGCUUGCCGCCUCAUGUCUCGGUAACGACGCACAUGACAGCGGGCGCUGUGGCUGGCGUGCUGGAGCACACGGUCAUGUACCCUGUGGACUCCGUCAAGACAAGGAUGCAGAGCCUGCAGCCCGAACCCAAUGCCCAGUAUCGAGGUGUGUACGAAGCCCUGAGAAGGAUCAUCCGCACAGAGGGCUUCCUCAGACCGCUAAGGGGCCUCAACAUCACCAUGAUGGGCGCCGGUCCUGCCCACGCGCUCUAUUUCGCCUGCUACGAACGGGUCAAGCACUCCCUCAGCGGCAUCAUCAAAAGCGGAGGAAACAGCCACCUGGCUAACGGUGUGGCAGGCAGUGUGGCCACUGUCCUUCAUGAUGCCGUUAUGAACCCAGCUGAAGUGGUGAAGCAGAGGAUGCAAAUGUACAAGUCACCCUAUCGUGGACUUUGGGACUGCGUUUGCAAAGUGACACGCACGGAGGGCGCGGGCGCCUUCUACCGCAGCUACAGCACGCAGCUGACCAUGAACAUCCCCUUCCAGGCCGUUCAUUUCAUCACUUACGAGACCAUGCAGGAGUGGCUAAACCCCCACAGACACUACCACCCCGCCACGCACAUCGUGUCCGGGGCGGCGGCCGGCGCCAUCUCGGCCGCCGUCACCACGCCGCUCGACGUGUGCAAGACGCUGCUCAACACGCAGGAGAACGUUGCGCUCAGUUCCAUGAACAUCAGCGGCCAUUUGUCGGGAAUGGCCAACACUUUCAGGACGGUGUACAAGCUGGGCGGCGUGGCGGCGUUCUUCAAAGGGGCGCAAGCCCGAGUGAUAUACCAGAUGCCGUCCACGGCCAUUGCCUGGUCCGUGUACGAGUUCUUCAAGUACUUCCUGACCAAGCAGGAGGCGAGACCCGCUUCCAGGAAUGAAAAGUGAACAUGGUCUCUCCGAGAUGUUUUGAGGAAGUUAGCCGAGCAGCGACACGCCUCCUUGUUCCCGCACUGAUGUCUGCAUGUUUUUUUUUUCUCCAACCCGCGAUGACGUCACUCGAGGGCAAAUUCAGACAGUCAUCGUUCAACAUUCUUUCCUACACACGAGAGGGCCAUGUGUGUACGGAAGAAAGAACGUUGUCUUGAAUGAUGUUUAGACAUCUUAGUAUUUAUUUAUUUGUGUGGUUUAUAAUUUUAAGGGCUGCAGAAGGAAGCAGCACAACGCUGCUUUGUUUGCUUCAAUGUGUCUACUUAUAAGGAACGAGCGGACACGGUGAAAAGAAUCUUCACUCCAACUUCCAAGUGCCUCUUUUGCGCCAGUUUUGUAAGCAUAUUUUUAUUUGCGCCCCCAAACAUCUUUGCUUCUGAUAUAUUUGGACAUUUUUAUUAUUGCGGAUGCUUAUUUGACUACAUUUCAUUGAUCCACUAUGAGGAAAAUUAGUGUAUGAGGCAUUGAUCGGUACCACUGUAUUUUAAAGCAAUUUACAAAAUAAUCUCUCCCAAUGUUCUCAACUCCCGUGUCCAUGCCAACGCCGCGUUGAGUCAAAAAUGCCAUCGUGGAUGUAGCUCAACUUCCUAUAGCUGACGUCAUGGGACUGGACAUUUGAAAGCAAAUGUUGUGCUCCAUUCUACAAAUGGACGGGCAGAAAGACUUUCAUGAUGCAUGGUGUCGCUUCGCCACCCUUGAUUGUCAAUUCAUUGAUUGCUAUGUCAUCGCUGUUCAUUCUUGGGGUGUCUGUAUAAAGUUGUUCACUAACGACCCGCCUAUACUGGACCGCAUGGUGGCAGUAUACCGCUAUUGAAUCACGCACACACACGAUACGGUCCAAUGUAAUUGACAUGGGGCAGCUAUUGGAGGUCCGACUCUUGUACAUAAGUGUUGCAGAUUUUUUUAAAUCAAAUAUGAAAAACAUUUUACUCCGUUUUGUUUUUUUAAAGACAUUUCCUUGUCUGAAGACAUAAAAAUCGCAUCGGAGUGUUUAUUUUGGUCAUUGUGUACUACCCACCAAAGACUGGUAUCGAAUGACGUUUUUCUAUGCAUCUGCUUUGCAUCAUUGUGCCCACUCCAUUAGUCCUAACGUAGUCAGAGCCAAGAGGCUUUUUUUUUGUUUACAGUCACAUUGUGGUGACCACCGUGUGUCUCUAGCUGUCUCUACAUUGUUUCAAAUGUGGAAGGUCACUCGAGGGCAAAAUAAUCGCCUCCCCAUCUUUACGAAUCUACCCACCGGUGCAGUGGCAGUUGAAGAGGACUGUUUCGUUAUUGUAGGUUUUGUUUGGGUGUUUACAUGUGGCAUUUUUUUUCAUUCAUUCUUUUUACAUACACUAUAUAAGCCAUAGUUGCACUUGCCAUGAGCUAAUGGGAAUUAUUUUUCUGAGCUUUAUCCAUUUGCGUGAUCUGUUUCAUGAGUCUCAUGUCUAAUACAAGUAAAGAAAUAUGCUCACGUUGUCUUUGUCGGUCACGAAACUCUUAAUAAAACAUCAGAGUGCAGAGU